CGAACGGUGAGACUACCGAAUUAUAUCGAUGUGAAGUUAUCUCCCACCCUGUCAAUUUCCUGGAGAUGGUAAAUAAGAGCUGUGUCCGUAUGAUGCGAUCGUAUUGUAGCCGGGUUCAAGCAUCCAAAUGGACGUUGAUCCACCGUACAUGGAGGCUCAAUCUACACACGGAUUAUGAGCACGUUCUGCACCAGUGCAUUCUGGAUGGCAAUGUCAGGAGUCUCCAGGUGCGGCUGAAUCUGCCCACCGUGAGACUUUGCGUGCUGAGCAUCGACGGAGGCGGCCCCCGUGGGGUGAUUCCCUUGAAAAUCUGGAGCUGCUCCAAGAGGCUGUGGGACCGAGCUCCCGAGUCUGAAAUUGCCUGCCCACUACAUCGGUACGUUGUUUUCGUGGUGUUUGAUUGGAGUGGUACCCGUAGUAACCAGGUUCUUUGUCUCGCGAUUCGAUCGAAAAUACUGUUGCACCUCGUCCACGUGUGUCGGGCUGAUUCGUCCGUCUUAGACACCACAUAGAUCAAGCUGAGAGCCUUCUGGGCAGCUAUCAACAGCUGGAUAUCGACUUCUAAAGUAAGGUGGACAAAGAGGGCCACAAGAGCCUUUACCAGAUUUUCCCGAGCGCGCCACCAAGUGACACCCUGGUAACUUCCAAUGCCGU